CCUGACAGAUUCCAGAAAAAUAAAAACAAAAUAGGGUUAUGGGAGUAAUAAUUUCUCAGAAAGUCAGCGAGAUCAAUUGAAACUGCUGUUAUUAGAUAAAAUUCAUCGUUUCAAAGCGUAAUUUAUAUUAAAUACUAUGGCUUUACCUCCCCGCGAGUAUCUCUGGUCAGUUUUUGUCAGCGUUGACCGAGAUAAAAGUGGAUAUAUUAAUGCAAAUGAAUUGCAACAGGCUUUGUCUAAUGGAACUUGGAACCCGUUCAACCCUGAAACGGUUAGAUUGAUGAUGGGAAUGUUUGAUCGUGAGAAUCGAGGCCAAAUAUCAUUUGAGGAUUUUGGAGCCCUUUGGAAGUACGUUACUGAUUGGCAAAACUGCUUCAGAUCGUUCGAUAGAGAUAAUUCAGGAAAUAUUGAUAAGAACGAAAUGAAACAUGCUCUUAUGACUUUUGGUUACAAAAUAUCUGAUAAUCUGGUAAAUACACUAAUUCAAAAGUUCGACAGAUUUGGAAAUCAAACUAUUCUGUUUGAUGACUUUAUUCAAGCUUGCAUAUUACUACAUACACUUACUAGCGCAUUCCGGGCUUAUGAUCAAGAUCAGGAUGGAAUUAUUACCAUUCACUAUGACGACUUCUUAUCAAUGGUGCUAAGUUUGAAAAUUUGAUUUUAAUUUUAAUGACGUACAUAAGUUCCAUUAUAUUUACAGUCUCUGUAACUAUUAAUUCAAUGUUUCUUUAUCGGGCUAACAUGUAUAUUUUGUAGUUUCGCUCGGAUUUUCUUGGAUAUGUGUAAUAUAAGAGACAGUAGUUAUAACAAUUAGAUUUAUAAUUAUAUAUUAUACUGGACCUUUAUUCCUGUUCAAUAUUAUACUUUUGUCAUAUGAAUGUCUAUUGUGUAGUUCGCAAACAUUGAGAUGCUUUUAUUGUUAUGUUAUACUAUCCAGUUAGAUAAUUUUAUUAAAAACAUUUUGUAAUUCUAUUGUCUGAUAUUACAUUAAAAUCCCGUAAUGUAUCUUCAAUAUAUAGCACACGUUUUCGUUAUUUUUCAUAAAUCGGGUAGAGUUACAAGCUAAUUUUACAGACAUGGUGUAUUAAAAUUGAUAAUUUUUAAA